AUGGAUUUGGAGGAAGAAUACUACGGGCAGGAGUAUAACGAGCCGGAAUACAACGAGCAGGAGUACGAUGAUGAGGAUGAGGAGGAGAUCACGCAGGAGGACGCGUGGGCCGUCAUCAGCGCGUACUUCGAGGAGAAGGGUUUGGUCCGCCAGCAGCUAGAUUCGUUCGACGAGUUCAUACAGAACACGAUGCAGGAGAUUGUGGAUGAGUCGGCCGACAUUGAGAUCCGGCCCGAAUCGCAGCACAAUCCGGGACACCAGCCGGACUUCGCUGAGGUUGUUAGCGCGUACUUCGAGGAGAAGGGUUUGGUCCGCCAGCAGCUAGAUUCGUUCGACGAGUUCAUACAGAACAUGAUGCAGGAGAUUGUGGAUGAGUCGGCCGACUUGAGAUCCGGCCCGAAAUACUACGGGCAGGAGUAUAACGAGCCGGAAUACAACGAGCAGGAGUACGAUGAUGAGGAUGAGGAGGAGAUCACGCAGGAGGACGCGUGGGCCGUCAUCAGCGCGUACUUCGAGGAGAAGGGUUUGGUCCGCCAGCAGCUAGAUUCGUUCGACGAGUUCAUACAGAACACGAUGCAGGAGAUUGUGGAUGAGUCGGCCGACAUUGAGAUCCGGCCCGAGUCGCAGCACAAUCCGGGACACCAGCCGGACUUCGCUGAGACAAUUUAUAAGAUCAGUUUUGGUCAGAUAUAUCUUAGUAAACCAAUGAUGACAGAGUCUGAUGGAGAGACUGCAACAUUGUUUCCUAAGGCUGCAAGGCUAAGAAAUUUGACAUAUUCAGCCCCGUUGUAUGUGGAUGUGACAAAAAGAGUCAUCAGGAAAGGUCACGAUGGUGAGGAAGUUACUGAGACUCAGGAUUUCACAAAAGUUUUCAUCGGGAAGGUUCCCAUAAUGUUGCGGUCGAGUUACUGCACGCUGUAUCAAAAUUCUGAAAAAGAUUUGACAGAGCUUGGAGAGUGUCCUUAUGACCAGGGUGGUUAUUUCAUCAUCAAUGGAAGUGAAAAGGUUUUAAUUGCUCAGGAGAAGAUGAGUACCAAUCACGUCUAUGUAUUUAAAAAAAGACAACCCAACAAGUAUGCUUAUGUGGCUGAAGUUCGGUCCAUGGCGGAGACCCAAAACAGGCCACCUAGUACAAUGUUUGUCCGGAUGCUUUCUCGGACUAGCGCCAAAGGGGGUUCAUCGGGCCAGUAUAUCCGUGCCACACUCCCUUAUAUCCGUACUGAGAUCCCCAUCAUUGUUGUGUUUCGAGCAUUAGGAUUCAUUGCUGACAAAGAUAUAUUAGAACAUAUCUGCUACAAUUUCCAAGAUACUCAAAUGAUGGAGCUGCUGAGGCCAUCCUUGGAAGAAGCAUUUGUGAUCCAGAAUCAGCAGGUUGCUUUGGACUACAUUGGAAAAAGAGGAGCUACCGUUGGUGUCACUCGAGAGAAAAGAAUCAAGUAUGCUAAAGAGAUUCUUCAAAAAGAAAUGCUUCCUCAUGUUGGCGUCGGGGAACAUUGUGAGACCAAGAAAGGUUAUUAUUUCGGGUACAUCAUCCACCGGCUUCUGCUGUGUGCACUUGGCCGAAGAGCUGAGGAUGAUAGAGACCACUAUGGGAAUAAAAGACUAGAUCUUGCUGGUCCUUUGCUUGGGGGCCUGUUUCGAAUGCUAUUCAGAAAGUUGACCAGGGAUGUAAGAUCAUAUGUUCAGAAGUGUGUAGAUAAUGGCAAGGAUGUGAAUCUGCAAUUUGCUAUAAAAGCCAAAACGAUUACCAGUGGUCUAAAAUACUCACUUGCUACUGGGAACUGGGGCCAAGCAAAUGCCGCGGGUACUAGGGCUGGAGUUUCCCAGGUGUUAAAUCGCUUGACUUAUGCCUCUACCUUGUCACAUUUGCGAAGACUCAACUCUCCUAUUGGCCGUGAAGGAAAACUGGCUAAACCAAGGCAGCUACACAAUUCACAGUGGGGGAUGAUGUGUCCUGCGGAAACACCUGAAGGACAGGCAUGUGGGUUGGUAAAGAACCUUGCAUUGAUGGUCUACAUUACAGUUGGUUCAGCAGCAUAUCCAAUUUUGGAAUUCUUGGAGGAAUGGGGCACUGAGAACUUUGAGGUUGAUGUCAAUACUGAGGUUGGGGUGGUUCGAGACAUUCGUUUGAAAGAACUUCGGAUAUAUACUGAUUAUGGUCGCUGUAGCCGUCCUUUAUUUAUCGUGGAGAAGCAAAGACUCCUAAUAAAAAAGAAGGAUAUUCAAGCCUUGCAACAAAGAGAAUCUCCUGAUGAUGGUGGCUGGCAUGAGCUAGUUGCAAAAGGAUUUAUAGAAUACAUUGAUACAGAAGAAGAGGAAACUACUAUGAUUUCCAUGACUAUAAAUGAUCUUGUAAGCGCCAGGCUAAAUCCAAGUGAUGCUUACUCAGACACCUACACGCACUGUGAAAUUCACCCGUCCUUAAUACUCGGUGUCUGUGCUUCUAUCAUUCCAUUCCCAGAUCACAACCAGUCCCCACGUAACACCUACCAAUCAGCUAUGGGCAAGCAAGCCAUGGGAAUUUAUGUCACCAACUACCAAUUCCGAAUGGACACAUUGGCCUACGUGCUGUACUACCCCCAGAAGCCCCUCGUCACCACACGAGCCAUGGAGCAUCUCCACUUCCGGCAGCUUCCUGCCGGCAUCAACGCCAUCGUAGCCAUCGCCUGCUACUCGGGUUACAACCAAGAAGACUCGGUCAUCAUGAACCAAUCCUCCAUCGACCGCGGCUUCUUCCGCUCCCUCUUCUUCCGCUCCUACCGCGACGAAGAGAAGAAAAUGGGCACUCUCGUCAAGGAAGAUUUCGGCAAACCCGACCGCGCCAACACCAUGGGCAUGCGCCACGGCUCGUACGACAAGCUCGACGACGACGGCCUCGCCCCUCCCGGAACUCGCGUCUCCGGCGAAGACGUCAUAAUCGGCAAAACCACUCCCAUAACUCCCGACGACGCUCAGGCCUCCGGCCAGACGCCCGCCGCCGCCGCCCGAUACACCAAGAAAGACCACAGCACGAGCCUCCGCCACAGCGAAACCGGAAUAGUCGACCAAGUUCUCCUCACCACAAACGCCGACGGCUUACGGUUCGUAAAAGUCCGUGUCAGAUCUGUCCGUAUACCUCAAAUUGGCGAUAAAUUCAGUAGUCGACACGGGCAAAAGGGUACGGUCGGCAUGACGUACACUCAAGAAGACAUGCCGUGGACUCUCGAAGGAAUUUGUCCCGAUAUUAUCGUGAACCCGCACGCUAUCCCUUCUCGAAUGACUAUCGGCCAGCUCAUCGAGUGCGUUAUGGGAAAAGUCGCGGCGCAUAUGGGAAAAGAAGGGGAUGCGACUCCUUUUACCGAUGUGACUGUGGAUAAUAUCAGUCGGGCGCUUCAUAAGUGCGGGUAUCAGAUGAGGGGCUACGAGACUAUGUACAAUGGGCAUACGGGCCGGCGACUGUCCUCGAUGAUAUUUCUCGGGCCCACUUAUUACCAGAGGCUGAAGCAUAUGGUGGACGAUAAGAUCCACUCGAGGGGUCGUGGGCCGGUCCAGAUUUUGACGAGGCAGCCGGCCGAGGGAAGGUCGCGUGACGGUGGGCUUCGGUUUGGGGAGAUGGAGCGUGACUGUAUGAUUGCGCAUGGGGCAGCCCAUUUUCUGAAGGAGAGGUUGUUUGACCAGAGUGACGCGUAUAGGAUUCAUGUGUGUGAGAAGUGCGGGUUGAUUGCCAUUGCGAAUUUGAAGAAGAAUUCGUUCGAGUGCAGGGGGUGUAAGAACAAGACUGAUAUAGUGCAGGAGCUGAUGGCCAUGGCUAUAGCUCCGAGAAUGCUGACGAAGGAUAUUAAACAGUCCAAGGAGCAAAAGAGGAAGGGCGCUUGA